AUGCCUCCUCAGCUCCCCAACGGCCUCAACUCCUCAGCCAAGGUCGUCCAGGGAACCCUGGACAGCCUGCCCCAGGCGGUGCGAGAGUUUGUGGAGACCAACGCCAACCUGUGCCAGCCCGAACGCAUCCACAUCUGCGAUGGCUCCGAGGAGGAGAACCGGCAACUGCUGCACCAAAUGGAGGAACAGGGCACCAUCAAGAGGCUGAAGAAGCACGACAACUGUUGGUUGGCUCUCACUGACCCCAGGGACGUGGCCAGAGUUGAAAGCAAGACGGUCAUCAUUACCCGAGAGCAAAGAGAUACAGUGCCCAUCCCCAAGAGUGGCCUCAGCCAGCUGGGUCGCUGGAUGUCAGAGGAGGACUUUGAGAAAGCAUUCAGUGCCCGAUUUCCGGGGUGCAUGAAAGGUCGCACCAUGUACGUCAUCCCCUUCAGCAUGGGGCCCCUGGGCUCGCCUCUGUCCAAGGUGGGCAUCGAGCUGACGGACUCGCCCUACGUGGUGGCCAGCAUGCGUAUCAUGACGAGAAUGGGGACGCCCGUCCUGGAAGCCCUGGGCGACGGAGAAUUCGUCAAGUGCCUCCAUUCCGUGGGGUGCCCUUUGCCUUUAAAAAAGCCUUUGGUUAACAACUGGGCCUGUAACCCAGAGCAGACGCUCAUCGCCCACCUGCCCGACCGCAGAGAAAUCAUCUCCUUCGGGAGCGGGUACGGCGGGAACUCGCUGCUCGGGAAGAAGUGCUUUGCCCUGAGGAUGGCCAGCCGGCUGGCCAAGGAGGAGGGGUGGCUGGCCGAGCACAUGCUGAUCCUGGGCAUAACCAACCCCGAGGGCCAGAAGAAGUACUUCGCGGCCGCGUUCCCCAGUGCCUGCGGGAAGACCAACCUGGCCAUGAUGAACCCCACGCUCCCGGGCUGGAAGGUAGAGUGUGUGGGCGACGACAUCGCCUGGAUGAAGUUCGACCAGCAAGGUAACUUAAGAGCUAUUAACCCAGAAAAUGGAUUUUUUGGCGUUGCUCCUGGGACCUCUGUGAAGACCAACCCCAACGCCAUCAAGACCAUCCAGAGGAACACCAUCUUCACCAAUGUGGCCGAGACCAGCGACGGUGGAUUCUACUGGGAGGGCAUCGACCAGCCGCUGGCCUCCGGGGUCAAGCUCACCUCGUGGAAGAACAAAGAGUGGAGCCCUGAGGAUGGGGAACCUUGCGCCCACCCCAACUCCCGGUUCUGCACCCCCGCCAGCCAGUGCCCUAUCAUCGACCCUGCCUGGGAGGCUCCGGAGGGCGUGCCCAUCGAGGGCAUCAUCUUUGGAGGGCGCAGACCUGCUGGUGUCCCUCUGGUCUAUGAAGCUCUCAGCUGGCAGCAUGGAGUGUUUGUGGGGGCAGCCAUGAGAUCUGAGGCCACAGCGGCCGCCGAACACAAAGGCAAAGUCAUCAUGCACGACCCCUUUGCCAUGCGGCCCUUCUUUGGCUACAACUUUGGCAAAUACCUGGCCCACUGGCUCAGCAUGGCCCAGCGCCCUGCAGCCAAGCUGCCCAAGAUCUUCCAUGUCAACUGGUUCCGGAAGGACAAGGACGGCAAGUUCCUCUGGCCCGGGUUCGGAGAGAACUCCCGGGUGCUGGAGUGGAUGUUCAACCGGAUCAACGGCCAGGGCGGCGCCGAGCUCACGGCCAUUGGCUACAUCCCCCGGGAGGAGGCCCUGAACCUGAAGGGCCUGAAGGACGUCAACAUGAAGGAGCUGUUCCACAUCUCCAAGGAGUUCUGGGAGAAGGAGGUGGAAGACAUCCAGGCGUACCUGGAGGAGCAAGUGAACGCCGACCUCCCCGGCGAGAUCGAGAGGGAGCUCCAGGCUCUGAAGCAGAGAGUCCGCCAGAUGUAA